AUGACAGGCAGAGGGAGAACACGCAAGGCUGCGACUCCUACAACCGAUAGUGCCAAGGGCAAAACCAUAAGUGGAGAAUAUGCAGAGAACGGCUUUGGAGAAGAGAAGCAGAGUUCUACAACCACGGAACAGAAAGCAAAGGGAAGGGACCGGAAAACACCAAACAGCACGAAUGAGAAGUCAUCGGAGCAGAGCAGUCAAAAGAAAAGGACAAACAACUUCACAGAGGAGAGGACAGACGACACAAAGGCUCCUUCACGAGGUGCAGGAGCCAGAACCGGAGCUGGAAAAUCCAAAGAGAAAUCUGAGGUGCAGCUAACGAAACCACAACCUGAGACAACAAAGGGCACAACACAACACUCUGCAGCGGCUACAAAACCAAAGAAACGUCCCGGCACAGCCAAAGCAGAGGAGGAGGAGACAAAGACAACACAGCCAGAGGACACCACCAAGACUUCUGUAAAGACCAGGGCUGCAGUGGACUCUCUUCUCUCCACAACUCUGGGGAAAUUGAAGAUUAAGAAGAUAGACAAAUCAAACACAGCAAAAGUCGUCAAUAAAUUGAUAGACCACAUAAUCAAGCAUUUAAAGGAGAAGACUAACUGCUUCACAACAGCAGAGGCACUACGCACUGGAAGUUACUAUGAGAAUGUAAAAAUUUCUAAACCUGAUGAAUUCGACGUCAUGCUGUCCAUCGAUGUUGACCGGGUGGACAUUAAACCGUUUGGAGAUAACGGAGCCUUCUACAGUGUGGCUUUAAAACGUGGCAAUAACCCGCUGAAGAAAUUUCAGGAAGACGACCUUUUAUCCGCCAGUGAAAUGUUGACAGAGUUCAGGGACGAGGUGAAGAAGUGCGUCAAGGCUUUUCCAGACUGGGAGGUGACAAGGAAGAAACCUGGCUGUCCUGCAGUUACUAUGACGACUACAGUUCAGUCUGUGCUCGUCUCCCUGGAUGUUGUUCUCAGCAUCAAGGUCCGAACAAGCUGGCCAGCUUUCACCCAGCAGGGCUUUCAGAUCCAGGGCUGGCUGGGGACGAAGGUGAUGAAGGAAUACAAGGGAAAGCCAUAUUAUCUUGUCCCAAAAUACGAAGGCAGGGGAGCAGUGGAGCGUGACGGCGUUUCAGCUAAAGAUGCUUGGCGGGUUUCAUUCUCUCAUGUUGAGAAGGACAUUCUGUUGAAGCACGGCUCAAUGAAGACGUGCUGUGAAAGAGAAGGCCAACGCUGCUGCAGGAAGGACUGUUUGAAGCUCCUGAAACACCUUCUCGGUCUGCUGAAAGAGAAAGAAGCUUCAUUUGUGAAGUUCUACUCCUACCAGGCCAAGACCACCCUGCUCCACGCCUGCAGCUCCAGAGGGAAAGACAGUGACUGGAGCGCCUCCUGUCUGAGCCGCUGCUUCCUGCAGCUGCUGGAGGACUUUAUAGGACAUCUGAAGAAAUGUGUUCUCCCCAACUUCUUCAUCCCAGAUCAGAACCUCCUCUUCGGCAUUGACAAGAAGAAGUGCCUUCUCCUGGCUCGUUGUAUCGAGGAGCAACGUGACAAUGACUUUCCUAUUUUCACUUGUUGGCUUCAGAAUGAGGAGUAGCUUGAUUGAGACUAAUCUGACCUUUACGUUGAUAUUUAUGUUGCAAAAGGUGCCUUAAAAAUAAAGAUUUUAUUAUUACUACAUGUAUUAUUGUGGACUUUAAUUUUCUAUUAAAUUUGAUUAUUCUUCUGCUUUACAAUGAAACAAGGGAGUUGUUACCAGAUUGUGUUUUAGGUUAAUUGAAAGCAAAGUCUGC